AAAUCAAGAGCAGAAAGGCAGACCAGGCAUUACCCAGAAGAGGCACGCCGCUGCUGCGAGGGCAAAGCGACCCAGCUCAGCAAAACUCCACUUGGAAGGAUGGAUUAUGCCAAGAAAUCCCUGUUUCUCCUGUCUCCACGCUCUCUCUCGAAGUGUGUGUCCGCCAGCCCUGCUCCCCGCGCCCGGCCUUACCGGGUCAGCAACUGUGACCGCACUCUGCGCAAGGGGAUCGUGGCCGAAAGCCUGGAGGAUCUGCAAGAGAAGGCCCGCAGUGCCCUGCUUUUGGUAGGAAACAUCUCUUUGGUCCUGGAUGAAGACGGAACCGGUGUGGAAACAGAGGAAUUUUUCCAGACUUUGGAGGACGGCACUGUGCUGGUGGUGUUAACCAAAGGACAGACGUGGCGGCCGGCCAAGGAUCCAGGCUACCAGCUCUCGCUCUCCCACCAGCCCCGGCGCAGGAUUGACGUGGCCUGUGUAACCUUCGACCUCUACAAGACGAACCCACGAGACUUCAUUGGCUGCUUGAAUGUCAAGGCCACCCUCUAUGGCACUUACAGCAUGUCCUACGACAUGCAGUGUUACGGCGCUAAAAGGAUAAUGAAAGAAGCUUUACGCUGGACGCUUUUCACCAUGCAAGCCACGGGCCACGUGCUGCUCGGUACGUCUUGUUACAUGCAGCAGUUGCUGGAUGCCACCAAAGAGGAGAAGGAGGACGACUUGCCACCCGGAUGCCACCUCCAGGCUCCUCCUUCUAGAAAGAUGCUUCAGUGACACUAGGGACCCACAUGGACCUCUCUUUCCUCCAGCUGCUGGAGACACUGAACUGAUAACGCCAAGCGGUGUUGCAUGGGCUGAAAUGAUGGAGCCACGUGGUGGUCCAACGGUGGACUUGUGUUUCUGCCUGGCAGUGACUGCAAAACCCAUCUGGCAGAUGUCGCUGGGAACCCAUGAAGUCUUACAGCUGUUGUACUAUCCUGUUACUGUCAUGUUUUGCUGUGCGGAGCAGAUUAUUUUUGUCUGGAGGUCCUGCCUCUUCUGUCGGAUGGAAGACCAGCUUCUCAGGAGAACCCCAAGCUAUCCUUCAAUUGCACUUUUUAUAACAAAACGUGUUAACUUCCCUGCAUGAUGCCAAGCACAGACUGAUAUUACACUGUAAAUAUGUCCAUUAAAAUCACAUUUUCUUAAAA